AUGGGUUUCAGACCAUGGAGAACAAAGACUGACGGCUUGGUCUCUGAGGUUGCCGUCGGUCCUGAAAUGACAGCAUAUCCUGAUGGUCUCGAUCAUAAGAACGAUGGCCUCAACACAGCUGUCAACGAUCCAGCAAGUUCGGUAGAUGAUCGACCAGUAGAAGAUGCUCAGCAUGGUGUUCAAGCAGUAGAAGCUGUCACUUUGAUCUGGACCAAAAACCAAUUAUAUUUGGCAUACGCAUUCAUUUUCCUCGUUUUCUUCGUGAUCUCUAUGCAACAACAGAUCCAGAACAAUCUUUCGGUUUACGUUACUUCCUCUUUCAUCCUCUUGCCUUUGACUGGUACCACUAGUAUCGUAUCAAGCAUUGUUGGUGGUGUCUUUAGACUUCCAAUUGCUAAGUUUGUCGACUUGAUUGGCCGUGCCGAGGGAUUUGCGAUCAUGACCGGUUUCGCUACAAUAGGUCUGAUCAUGAUGGCUGCGUGCAAAAAUGUAGAAACUUAUGCAGCUGCGCAAGUAUUUUAUUGGCUGGGAUUCGAUGGUAUGAUGUACGUCCUCGAUGUCUUCAUGGCCGAUACAUCAAGUCUGAAGAAUCGAGCCUUGGUUUUCGCUUUCUCGACGACUCCAUAUAUUGUAACAACAUGGAUUGGACCUCCUGCGGCGUCGUCAUUCCUCAAAACAAGUGGAUGGCCAUGGGCCUUCGGUGCUUUCGCAAUUAUUACUCCCGUGAUCUGUAUCCCGAUUCUUUCACUUCUAUGGGUGAAUCAAGGUAAAGCAAAGAAAGCAGGCUUGAUCAAGAAGAUUGAUAGUGGCCGUACAUGGGCUGAGAGUAUCAAAUACUAUUUCUGGGAAUUCGAUGUCAUUGGUCUCCUCCUCGUUUCCGCUGGGUUUGUCCUAUUCCUUCUGCCUUUCUCCCUCGCCUCCUACCAAAAGGAAGGCUGGCACUCCGGCAUGAUCAUUGCUAUGCUCGUCAUUGGAAUAUUAUGUCUCAUCGCUUUCGGUUUCUUCGAACGCUACGCCGGCCGUAAAUCCUUCAUUCCUUUCGAGCUUCUCACUGACCGCACCGUCGUCGGCGCCUGUCUCUGCGCUGCUUUCUUCUUCAUCUCCUUCUACUGCUGGGACUCUUACUUUUACAACUACCUACAAGCGGUCCAUAACCUCAGCGUCACCCACGCUGGCUACGUCACCAACAUAUACUCCAUCGGUUCCUGUUUCUGGGCUGUGGUCAUCUCCUAUGCCAUCCGCGUCACCGGCCGUUUCAGGUGGCUCGCCCUCUACUUCGCAGUCCCACUCCAAACUUUGGGCGUGGGUCUUAUGAUUCAUUUCCGUCAACCAGAUCAACCCAUCGGAUAUGUCAUUAUGUGUCAAAUUUUUAUCGCCUUCUCCGGCGGAACUAUUUCCAUCUGUGAACAAAUGGCUGUCAUGGCUGCUGCACCACACAAAGGCGUUGCAUCUAUGUUAGCAUUGAUUGGACUCUUCAGUUCCGUAGGAGGUGCUAUCGGUGUAGCAAUCUCAGGAGCAAUCUAUACCAACAAAUUCCCCGCGGCAUUGGCACAGAAGAUCAGCGACCCAGAGUUGGCAGCUCAAUUAUACGGAAGUCUCACUGUCCAAUUGCAGUAUCCUGUCGGCAGUGUAGAGCGGGAUGCAGUCUGGUUUGCAUAUGGAGAGAGUAUGAAAUGGUUGGCUGUUGCCGGAGUAGUAUUCUUGAUACCCUGUUUCGUAUUUGUUGGUAUGUGGAGAGAUUAUAAGGUCGAUGAGAUCAAGCAAGUUAAGGGAACUGUUGCUUGA